UUCAGCUCGGCAGGCAAUUAUUUAUAUAUACUCGAUAUGAUGGUGCGGCAUGCAUAUGUAUUAUUGUAAAUUUGCUGCUGCAGAUUGAUUUGAGUAUGGAUGCAAAAUCAAUAAGGAGACAAGAAGUAGAUUAUGAGGAGGAAGAUGGAAUAUGGAAAUACGUGUUUGGGUUCACUGAAAUGGCUGUGGUGAAGUGUGCCAUCGAACUGGGAAUACCAGAUUUUUUGGAAAGCCAAGAGCAAGCCGUCACACUUGACCAACUAUCGUCGGGCCUGGGGUGCUCUCCGUCCGCCCUAUACCGCAUUAUGAGAUUCUUGAUCAACCGGGGGAUCUUCAAGGAGGUGGAGAUGACGCUGCCGACAAUUAGCAGUACUUCAUCAACAGAGGCGGCGUUGGCCUCCACCCGGCCUACCCGCGGUUAUGUUCAGACCCCGCUGUCUGCGCUUCUGACAAGAGACGGAGAGAAGAGCAUGGCCGCUUUCGUGCGGCUAGAGAGCAGUCCCGUGAUGCUUGCGCCGUGGCUGAAGCUAAGCGGACGAGUACUUUUAGGAGAUAAUAAUAAUCAUAAGUACUGCAGUGGCAGUAGUAGUGAUGCAUUCGAGGCUGCAAACGGGAAGGACGUGUGGCGGUACGCAGAGAGUGAUCCAGCACACAGCAAGCUCAUAGAAGAUGCAAUGGCAUGUCACGCUAGGAUGGCUGUGCCCGCCAUCGUCCAGGCUUGCCCUGAUUUGCUCCUCCUCCAUGGGGCGGCCGGGGUUGAAUGCGUGGUGGUGGAUGUAGGCGGAGGUGAUGGAACUACUGUUGAAAUGUUGGUCAAGGCAUUUCCAGGGGUCAAAGGAAUUAACUUUGAUCUCCCUCACGUUGUGUCCGUCGCCCCAAAACGCCCCGGUGUCCACCACGUUGGGGGAAAUAUGUUUCAACGUAUUCCAAAAGCCGAUGCUAUUUUUCUCAUGUGGGUGUUGCAUGAUUGGGGAGACGAAGAGUGCGUCCAGAUAUUGAGCAAGUGCAGAGAGGCAAUUCCAGAGGAAACUGGGAAAGUGAUAAUAGCGGAGGCAAUACUGAGGGAUCACCAGGAAAUGAUCAAUGGUUAUCAAGGCACUAGGAUGAAGCUGAAGAACAACACCAACACUAAGAAUAAUUCAAAGCUGCAGGAAAAAGACCGUAAUAAUAAUAAUAAUAAUAGUUAUGAAGUGGGGUUGAUGUUAGAUAUGGUGAUGAUGGCUCACACUGGGAAAGGCUUGGAAAGGACUGAAAAACAAUGGUCGCACGUUCUUACUGCCGCUGGAUUCAAAUCAUACACUGUCACCGAUACUUCCGAUGUCGUUUCCAUUAUCCAGGCCCGACCGUGAAUAACUAUUUUUUUCCUUUAGUUUUCCAACAUUGUGUUAAUUAAUGUUCAUUGAUAUAUCAUGCACGAUUUAUGAUAUGGAUGAUUAUCCAUCUACACCUACUAUGUACUUACAUUAUUUCCAUGGAUUAUUAUAUCAUAAAUGGUUUG